AUGGGCAAGGACAGACCCGCCGACACCGACGCGUCCGACGCCUCCGCUCCGGCGCGCAAGACGGCCAGCGGCCGCACCCUGCGACAGAUGGACCCGGACACGAUCUACUUUACGCACUCGCGCGUCCGGCCCGUGUUCACGGGCUGCAACAAGCGCAUCCAGGAGACGCUCGACGAGGUCUUGGCCGGCACGACCAAGAUCACGGACAUUCCCUACAUCACCGUCAUUGAGAACUUUGAGGUGCCCAAGGCCGAGGCGGCGGACGACGGCAGCGGGGACGAGUGGGAGGAGCGCGAGCGUGGGGGUAGAGGCGGCAAGGGGGGCAAGAAGGGCGGCGGCGGCAAGAAGGGCGGUAAAGGUGGUGGUGGAAAGGGUAAAGGUGGGGGAGGAGGUGGAGCGGACAAGGUCGACCCGGCGCCCUUCUACUUUUCGCUCAACAACCGCCGGUUGUACUUGUUCAAGACGCUCAAGGCGCUCGGCCACAUGGACACCAUUGCCGUGCAAGUCAAGCCGGCGCUGGACCGCGAAAAGACAAAAUACACCAGGGAGAGGUGUGCCCUCAAGGCCAAGCUGAUGGGGGUCGGCAGCGGGCUGGCCGCUGGUGGUGGUGAGGAGGGUGGAGAGGAGGAGGCUUCUGGCGAUGAGGCAUGA